GGCCUUCUGGAGGCAACAGACCAGCCCCUAGGCAGCGGAAGUGGUAUGCCCUCUAUCAGAAGAUUGAGAAUUGCCCCAUGCAGGUCCGUGGACAGUCCACUCUGUUUGGAGGGUCAGUGGCCUGUAACUGUGGCUUUCACGGUGCUAAGCAGCCCACCACUCAGCCUCCUGCCGCUGCCUCACAGUCUGCUGCUGUGGCCCCUGGUGCAACGGCUGCUGUGCCACCAUCACAGUCUGCUGCUGUGGUCUCGGACCCUGGUGCAACGGCUGGUGCAACGGCUGGGAGCUACAGCUAUUAGACAAGAUGGUUGAAGCCAACCUAAUUAACAUCUAUAUAGUCAUACCUGGCCAUCUCCCUUUGGUCAAGCGCACUCCUUACACUGACCUCCAGACAUACCUUUAUUUCUAAUGUGUUGUGUAGGUUAUGCUUAGUGUAGCCUUUAUUUAUGCCAUACAUUAAUAAUGUGUUGUGUAGGUUAUGCUUAGUGUAGCCUUUAUGUAUGCCAUACAUUACUACAUUAUUGUUGUCUUCUAAACAGGAUGCACCUGGAGGAGUUCAGCUGGCCACUGCGGGGGCUGCAGCUUCGGUGUGGUUGCCAGCAGAGAUGUAUAAAAACAUCCCUGUCCAAGACCAGAGGUGGAUUUCAAACGCCAUCUUCCACUCUGGCAAACUGCGGCAAGACCUGAAGCUGUGGUACGAGCCCCCUGCCCCAGCCCUCAUCUACCACCAGACACCGACACCAGACCGCUUCUUAAACCACAGGCUGAUGGUGUGGAUGCCCUACCACCUGUGGAAGGUGAGGGUAACCUGCCCUGAGUGUGGGAAGCAGCUGACGGGGUACGGUGUCCACGAGAGGGCUCGGAAGGUCCUGGACAUCGACAGGUAUUACCUGAUGGUGACAGAGACACUCGGGUGCACUGUGUGUUCUGUGAACUACCUGUCCACCUCCGAGACUGUCCGGAAUCAGCUGGACCUGCCGCACCAGAAAAUGUUCCGGAUGAUCCUGACCCGCCAGUACGCCUGUGACAUCCGUGUCAUUCGCCUGCUGCGUGACCGGACUCUCGGGAACAGUCUGAAGCAGCUGAAGGAGAACCAUGGGGAGGAAUGGCUGAACAGGUUGGCACACUAUCUUGGGGAGUGUGCUGAGUUUGUUGGCCGGCCAAGCCUCUUCCCAGUGGUGUGCCAGGAUCCCCCAGAGCCCAUUGAUGUGCCCACCAGUCGCUGGCUGCUGACGGUCUAUGGCAGGGACAUCCUCUCUCGCCUGGACCAUAUUAAAGCCAGCAUCACAUCAACGUUUGGCUCCAUCUUAAAGAUGGACUCAACCAAACAGAUCACAAAGAAGCUGGCUGGCCAUGCCAAGGGGACUGGUCUCUGGGUCACCUCCAUUGGGAACGAGGUUGGCCAGAUCGUGACCAGUGUGGUGACAGUGCAGGAGGGGCCAGGACUGGACAGGAUGGUGGCAGGAGUGAUGGAGCGGUACCGCCUUGCAGCUGUCGCACCCCCACUGCUGCUGUAUGUGGACUGUAACUGCUGCAUCAGUGAGGGGUCCACCACGCUGCAGAACAGGUUUGGGGAGUGGCCAGACCUCCAAAUACGGCUGGACAUCUGGCACUUCAUGCGGAGGCUGGCUGUUGGGUGUACCACCGACGCCCAUCCCCUCUACCCCACCUUCAUGAGCUGCCUCUCUGCCUGCAUUUUUGAGUGGGAUGCAGGGGACCUCUCUCUGUUGCAUCAGGCAAAGAGAGAGCAGCUCAGGCAGGAAGGUGUGCCAGCCAUUACUGAUGCUGCGGUGGAUGCCAGGAUCAGUAAGAGGGAGCUGAGCCAGUACUGCCGCAGGAGGACGCGCGGCGUGGAGGCCACCAUCAGCCUCAUUGGGCGGCUGCUGCAGCAACUGGGCGGGACCAAUGGGAAUGACCUGAUGGGGGUGCCACUGCUGGACCAGGUGCGCAUGGAGCACAUCUGGCGUGUGCAGCAACGCCACGUCAGCUGCAUCCAGGACCUGCCUGGUGUGCAGCUCUACACCGAGACCGGCACCAUCAGGAAGGGAGGUGUGGUCCUCACCAGCUACCGCUGUGCCAGGGGGUCCACAUCCCUGGAGUCCUUCCACUGCCACCUGAACAGGUUCAUUCCAGGAACCAGUGCAAAUGCGCUGAAUUUUCAGCUCUACCUCCUGGAAGGCCUGAACAGGUGGAACCAGGACCGGGGGGCGGCGGCGGUGACCAGCAGGCCAUCGUCUCUGCUCACCUACUCCGGGGAUGUGACCCAGAGCGUCAACACCAACAACAUAAAGGUGUUUGGCCGGGCAUAUGUGCCAAACUUCAGGCCACCCUCCAAAUACACCGGAGAGCUGCUUGGUGUUGACUACCUCCUAAGUCAGACUGGGCAGCCCCUGAAGGUCAACCCUGACGCAGAGGAGACGGAGGACAUGCUGGAGGAUGUGGAGGGGGGUGAGGAAGUGGACGAGGGCAUUGAGGAAGACCAUAUACCUGACCUCAUGGUGCCAGGUCUCCUUGUUAACCCAACACAGCCUAUCUUCUCUCUGGCUGCUCCCUCCUCCGUGGCUGCUGCCUCCUCCCAGCCUGCUGCCUCCUCCCAGCCUGCUCCCUCCUCCCUGGCUGCUGUCUCCUCCCUGGCUGCUGCCUCCUCCCAGCCUGCUGCCUCCUCCCAGCCUGCUCCCUCCUCCCUGGCUGCUGUCUCCUCCCUGGCUGCUCCCUCCUCCCUGGCUGCUGCCUCCUCCAUGGCUGCUGCUGCCUCCUGCAUGGCCGCUCCCAUCCAGCCUGCUGCCUCCUCCCUGGCUGCAGAUGUGUCUGGGGCCGUGGAUGAGUCCGGCAUGCCAGGCAUGGACAGGGUGGACAGGCUGGCAAAAUGCCUCGUGGAGCUGCGCAACCAGCCACUACUAACACUCAGCAACCAGCAGGUGGACAAUAUUGUCGGCCUCUGGCAGGAACUGCUUCCCUACGACCAGCAGCGGGUGGUCUUUGCCGCAAGACACCAGACCAAGCUGGCCACGGGGAGGUUCAGGAGUCCUAAGAAGAGGCAGGAGUUCACGCCGGGGGUGGAGAGCGUAAAGAGGCAUGCCCUCACCACCUCUGCCCCAAUUGCCCAGUGGCCAGACUGUUGCCGGCUCGUGGAGAGCAUCUUCGUUAGGCUCUGUGCCAUCCACCGCGGUCCCAAGAAGAAGGGGACUGGCACAGUGUCUAGGUUUGACCUCGUCCUGGAGGACUACCGCCAGAUCAGGCGGCGUAUUCUGGGGUCCGAGGUCAUGCCGAAGACCUCCAUGCAGCUGGUGGACGUGAGCCACACCACCCUGGUCCAGUGGAACAGCAAGAGGGUGCAGAGGCAGGAGACUGCGGUGGUCAUGCAGGGGCUGGACCUGCCCAGUCGACUGUCUGUGGCGGCUGACCCUCUCCCCACAGCCAAAACGCGGGCCGUGUCUGCACCCCCCCAAUCUGGCCCGGCUCACCAGUACCACCUGCCCAGCAGCACCGUGGGCCAAGCGAGGAGAAAGACCACACACACACACACACCCGCAGUCGCCACACACACACACACACCCGCAGUCGCCACACACACACCCGCAGUCGCCACACACACACCCGCAGUCGCCACACACACACACACACCCGCCACACCUGUGGCUGUGAGGCCACAUACUCCUCGGCAGCUCUUCCCUGCUCCAGCUCCAGCUCUAAGUUCAUCUCCGAAGCUGAUGCUGCUGGGACCAGUAGGUGCUCAGGUGCCUGUCCUGAUGGGCUGCCCCACAGGCCCUGAGCUACAGCCUCAUGCCUCCUCCUCCUCCUCCUCCUCCUCCUCCUCCUGCUCCUCCAGUCCGCAAACUGACCCGCAGGGUACUACACAACACCUGUAAGCAGUGUAAGGAGUUUAGGACGGCAGAGACUGGACACAGCCAGUAUAAAGGAAAGGUGUACUGCCCAAACAUUGAAACUGUCCCAAAAGAACAGUGGCUGGAGGACAUGAAGAAAAAAAAAAAAGUUUGAUUCAUAUAUUGUUAUUGUAAUAAAAGUUUGGUUGAUAAAAAAAUA